ACCACUUGCCCUAGGUAUCCGAGUGUGUGACCCUCCGCCGGCACAUCCUGCUGCGUUCGCUGCUCUCCGCAAUGGCUGCUGCUCCUGUGUCCAUGGCAGAGGUGCCCGCUGUGGUGCCGAUGCCAGUGCCGGAGAAACUUGGCGAUGCCUCCGCCAUCACACCGGCCAAGAAGAAGCUACCGCCCUCCUCCAAUGACAAGAAGAGGAAGGGAAAGGGCCCGCGCGGACCAUGCUUCGGUCGCUGAGGCUCCUGUCGCCAAGAGGAAGGGGAAGGGGCUGCCGCACCCUGUUCCGGCCUCCGAGGUCCCCGUCGCCAACAAGCCGAAGACCGGCGAUGCACCCAUGUCCAUAGCUGAGCUCCCCAGAUCUGGCGUGGCCACCGCCUCCCGUCAUUGCCGGCCCCGAGGUCCACGCUACCCUACUCCAGGACGCAGACGCCGACGACCAAACGCCACAGCAGCCCAGCAUGUCAAAUGUGCCAACGGUGACCUCCCCUUUAAUCGCCUCUUUCGGAAUAAAGCGCAAAAGGCCAAUGGUAAAUCAACAGAAGUCUUCUGCAACCAGGCGCUUCAAGCCUCCAAUGGCAAGAAAGGUGAACUCUCCUAUGGUGACGAGGUCCCAAUGAUGAGACUACUAGUGUCUCCAUUGGUUGUGCGGCCAAGGUCACCAUCACUUGGCCUGCAGAGAUCACCGUCACGCAGCCUGCAGAGGUCACCCAGCCCGAGGAGGUCACCAUCAUGUAGCCCAUGGAGGUCGCAGUCACGCAGCCCGUGGAGGUCACCGUCACGCAGCCCGUGGAGGUCAUCGCCACGCAACCCAUGGACAUCGUCGGCACGCAGCCCACGGACAUCGCCAGCACGCAGCCCACAGAGUGGAGCUGCUCAUUCAGGAUCUCAUGACCACAGUAAACCGAGAAAGUUGAGAUCUGCUAUUUGGAAGGACAUGGAUCCCAUCUAUCAGGAUGGUAAAGUCAUACAAGGCCGAUGUAAACACUGUUACGAGGUAUUUGCUGCUGCCCGUACUUCAGGGACUAGCCAUAUGCGUAGGCAUUUAGAAACUUAUGAACCAAGACUUAAGAUGCAUGAUUUAGUUGAAAAGUUGUAGUCAGUCUCAACUGAGUCAGCUAUUCUCACUAAUUGGAGAUUUGAUCCUAAACUGACUCGAUGUGAGCUUGUUCGUUUGAUUGUACUACAUGAGCUGCCUUUCUCUUUUGUUGAGUAUGAAGGAUUUCGUAGCUAUUCAGCUAGCUUAAAUCCACUUGCAGAAACUGUAUCUAGGACAACAAUUAAGGAAAACAUCUAAGAAGCCUAUAAGAACCACCGAACAACGUUGAAAGAAAUAUUUGAGAACUGUUUCAGAUUCUCAUUGACAGCUGAAAGAGUAAUUUAAUUUAUGUUCAACACAAAUUAUGCCAUAUUCUGUACUUAUUCUUUCUGAGUAAUUUAUGUAUUUUGGCUUCCGGAUGUAAUAAUAUAGUCAUUUUACACUUAUUCCUGCACAUUUAUACGUGUGUAAAGCAGUUCAUUAAUUUGGUAUUAAUUUGGUGCCAUCGCUCUCUUUUUUUUAAAGGAAAUCUUGUGGGUCUAGCUAGGCCUUGCAGGUUUAGCCAUUGGGCCUAGUGGGCUGUUGGGGCCAGCAGGCUUGCAGCAAGCGGACACCCGCAAUGCCUGCAAAUUAUGCUUGCGACAAGAUACGGCAGCAGCCCAUAUUCUCACCCGCAGACCGGCCCACUUGCAUGUUGAAGCAAAUCAGCCCAAAAUAACAUCUUUCUACUCGUUUUCCUUCGCCGCCUGAAGACCCAACGACGCCCAGCAGCCCAUAUUCUCACCCGCAGGCCCAACAAAUGCCAGCUCCCAACGGUCAUGGAAGCUGCACGCAACUCCGCGUUUUCUCCCCAAACCGACGUCCGGCGAAGCCUAGCCUAACUUUGAGUGGCGGCGGCGCGGCGCCUUGGUGGUCGGCAGGCGGCGGGCGGCGGCUACGGCACGGGCGCACUGCAGCAUUGCGCAAGGCCGGCGGGCUCCAGUCUGCUCUAAGGCAGGGGCAGGCCGGCAGCAGCACGCAGCAGCCGGUGCCCGCUGCAGGCGGAAGCACGCAGCCCGCCAGCAGCCGGCAGCAUGCUAUUUUUCUUUGAAUAUAAUAUGGGCUUUUGGUCCAUAUUCUAUUUGAUGAUUAAUUCAAUGGCCCAUAAUAAAUGCUAUAAUAAAAACAGUUUAGUACCAUAUUGAUUGUUGAUCAUGUGUUAACUCAAGUUAAAUAGGUGGCCUUUGAUAGCUCCUAUGAAGAAGUUGAGGAAGGGAAAGAGGGUGCCACACGCGCGCCGCCGCCGAGCCGUGGCGAGGCGAGCGUGUCUUGUCUGGACGUGACUCACACGAGGUCGAGACGUGACGUGGACCUGACCGUUGUCUGGUUAAUGGCAAUUAAUUAUGAUUGAUUGCCAUUAACUCAGACGUUUCCUCUUGGGGCCUAUAUAUUCCAUACACGAGUCACUUUCCUUUCCUUCCUCACUUUCCUUUCCUGCGAGACACAAUCAGUCAUUCCUCAUUCAUUUCCUUCCAGUCGCGUUGCUCUCCAUCUCCAUCCCGAACCUCUUCGCGCACAGAGAUCGAUAGAGCAGACCUCCGGAACCCGACGCCCUGCAUCGAGACACCUGCUCGGGUGUGCGGGUAAUUAGGUUUUUGGGGAGCGUCUUCCGCGACUGCUCGCCGGUGAGAUCUUCUUCUUCCACUCCUGCGGAUCGGGAUCGUCUUCUUCUUGGUGGACGUUCGGGACUACGACUACUUCAUCUUCUUCCUGGUGGACGUUCGUGGGACUGCACUGCGAACAUCUACCUACAUCGACUGAGGUCCACUACUUCAAGCAACACACUAUGUCGACUAGUGUGAAUGGAGCCGCCGGUGCCUUCGGCACUGGUCCCUCCUCGGGGUCCCAAGUAUGAAGAGAGAAAAUAGUGGUACACUGGUACUAUAGAUUUGAGAACUUUCUUGCAAAGGGAAGAAGCAGUCACAAAAUGAGUUUGAGCAAGAGGGAGUUAUAUGCUCAGUUUAUGCCAAAAUUCUUGAAUAUAUCAAAUCAUAGUCAAUUAUGUGUUAUAUAUUUCUUAUAUAUACUAUGUGGCAUUAUAUAUACAUGUCAAAUAUUUGCCUUUUGGUUUGGUUUACAUUUUGAAUACCCAGCUACAAAAUCCUGUGCCCGCUACUGAUAAAUACCACUGCAAGUGCAAGGUUGCUCUUCCUCGACCAUCGAGACACACAGAACUUCUCCUGCAUGCCUACUAAUAGCUCUAAUAGCUCAUAUAGCUGCCCUCUCAAGUACUAUGAUGGGCUGAUGGCCACCUUGUCCUCCACAGUAGUUGCACUUGCACUUGGUGCACUUCUCUUCUUGCUCCUUGCAACGUGUGGCUCAUGCGCGAUACCGGCGAGCUUUAACGUCUCUGACUUCACCGCCGAUCCCAACUGGGAGGCUGCCAGGGCCACCUGGUACGGUGCACCCACCGGUGCCGGCCCUGAUGACAACGGUGGUGCCUGUGGAUUCAAGAACGUGAACCUGCCGCCGUUCUCGGCAAUGACAUCGUGCGGCAACGAGCCCCUGUUCAAGGACGGCAAGGGCUGCGGCUCCUGCUACCAGAUACGAUGCCAACAGCACCCUGCCUGCUCGGGCAACCCAGAGACGGUGAUCAUCACUGACAUGAACUACUACCCCGUGGCCAAGUACCACUUCGACCUCAGCGGCACGGCGUUCGGCGCCAUGGCCAAGCCCGGCCGCAACGACGAGCUCCGCCACGCUGGCAUCAUCGACAUCCAGUUCAAGAGUUUCCUCCUCUGUAGGGUGCCCUGCUACUACCCCGGGCAGAAGGUGACUUUCCACGUCGAGGUGGGCUCCAACCCCGUCUACUUCGCCGUGCUCGUCGAGUUCGAGGACGGCGACGGCGACGUGGUGCAGGUGGACCUCAUGGAGGCGAACUCUGGGUCGUGGACACCGAUGCGCGAGUCCUGGGGAUCCAUCUGGAGGCUGGACUCUGACCACCGCCUCACCGCGCCGUUCUCCCUGCGCAUUACCAACGAGUCCGGCAAGACGCUGGUGGCUAACCAAGUCAUCCCGGCCAACUGGACGCCCAACACCUACUACCGUUCCAUGGUCCAGUAUAAUUGGCUCUCUGCUGCUGCGCACCACAAUAAUUCUGUGUCAUCGCACCACAAUAAUUCUGUGUCAUUGUGGUUGAUUAGUUUGGUACUAGUAUCGUAUUGCUGCAUGGGACCGAGCCAUUGAGGUGCCUCAGUCAGUUACAACGCAUAUACCAGUGCGAUUAAGAUUGUAAAUUAUUAACAGUAUUUUGUGUGACAUAUUAAGUUUCUCAUUUGUGUUUCAGGCGGCAUGGUUAUGCAGCCGACUUAAAUCAACUUUUUUUGUGACAUAUUAAGUUUCUCAUUUGU